AUGAAGGACGAUCUCUCUGAAGACCUCAUCAAGGAAACGCAUUGCAUUCUCACCAUGGGCAUCCCGACCAUACACCGAAACAACACAAUCACAACCUCGGAGCAAUAUGGUGGAAUUUACCGGGCAGUCAUCGUCGGUGCAGGAGGCUGCAACUUUUCCACACCAAGAUUCGUGCCUGUACAUAUGAAAGACCUCUGCCGGAGCCUCAAGGAGGAUAUCGACUCGGCAGAGAAGAACCAGUCCAUCGAUCCGGUUUCCCUGGCGUCCGAGUGCUCGCUAGGCUUUGUGGAAUUCCAUCCCUUUCAAGACGGCAACGGGCGCAUGUGCCGCAUGAUUCUCAAUGCCAUCCUGUGCCGGUACAUUGGUGUGAUUGUCCCCAUCGGUGAAGACGAGGACGAACGAAAGGAAUACAUGGCUAUCAAGGUGCGGGCGAGCCAGGAAUGCGAGGCCUUUUGUGCUCAAGAGAGCCGUGCGGAAGGUCCGGACACUGAAGAAGAAAUUAACCGGCAAAAACCACCACGAUUAGCCGAAUUAUCUGGGGUCAUCUCGUCUGCUGCUCGGACUGAAUAUCCUGUCGAGCAGCUCAUCCAUCCUUUUCCAUUUGUUUUGCUAUCGCGCGAAGUCUCAGGAACCAGUUCUCUUCUCUGCACUACGAUUAAUAACACGCACUCCUUACUACGGCCGAGAUCGGAGAUGAGCGGCGUUAACCAGUCGCAGGCCGGAGGCCAAGGAUCGAAGCCCGGGGACUUUGAGGCAGUCAGGAAGUCCGUGAUAGACCUUCUUAAGCAGCCGGACUACGACGAUGGCAGCGCCGGCCCCGUGCUUGUGCGUCUAGCCUGGCACUCGGCGGGCACGUACGACGUGGAGACGGACACGGGAGGCUCCAACGGCGCCGGCAUGCGCUACGAAGCCGAGGGCGGCGACCCGGCCAACGCAGGCCUGCAGAACGCCCGCCUCUUCCUGGAGCCCGUCAAGCGCCAGCACCCGUGGAUCACGUACUCGGACCUCUGGACGCUCGCGGGCGUGACGGCCAUCCGCGCCAUGGGCGGGCCCGAGGUCAGCUGGCGGCCCGGCCGGACCGACUACGUCGACGACAGCAAGCUGCCGCCGCGCGGGCGCCUUCCCGACGCCGCCCAGGGCGCGGCGCACAUCCGCGCCGUCUUCUACCGCAUGGGCUUCGGCGACCGCGAGAUCGUCGCCCUCAGCGGCGCGCACAACCUCGGCCGCUGCCACGCCGGCAACUCCGGGUUCGAGGGGAAGUGGGUCAACAACCCGACGCGCUUCUCGAACCAGUACUUCCGCCUGCUGCUGUCGGAGGAGUGGACCGAGAAGACGGUGCCCGAGUCCGGGGCGCUGCAGUUCGCGUCCGUGGACCCCGUCACCGAGGAGGAGCUCAUGAUGCUGCCCACCGACAUCGCGCUGACGACGGACCCGGAGUUCGCCAAGUACGUGCGCAUGUACGCCGAGGACAAGGCGCUGUUCUUUGAGGACUUUAGCAGGGCGUUCGCCAAGCUCAUGGAGCUGGGCAUCAGGAGGGAUGCGGAGGGCAGGGUCACGAAUACCGACAACGAGAAGGGCGGGUACCGGAGCGCGCCCAAGAAGAGCGAGUCUGCUGCGCCUGUUCAGGAUGACGCGUCGCGGACGGGUGGGUGCCCUGUGGCGCAUCACAAAGCGAGGUUGUGA